UCCCAUAAACAAUACACUUGCUCAGUUCAUAAUUUAGAGAGCCAAACCGAAAAUAAGAGAUCUUUUUCUUUUGUUUCUUUCAAAGCUUUCCACGAAACUAGAGAAUGAUGUCUGAGAAUACCAACCAGGCUUAUCCUUUGGCCCCUGCAAAUGGUUACAAAAGAAGUGAUGGAGAAUCUUUGGUAUCCGAAGAUGAGCUGAAACGCCAAAAAAGAAUGAAAUUGUUUAUGUACAUUGGUAUCUUCAUUGUCUUUCAAAUCAUCGUGAUGACCGUAUUUGGUCUUACUGUGAUGAAAGUGAAGACCCCUAAGGUAAGAUUGGGUCAAAUCAAUGUCAAAAGCUUCAACUCUGUUCCCUCAACACCUUCAUUUGACACAACCUUUACCACCCAGAUAAGGGUGAAGAACACAAACUGGGGUCCUUACAAGUUUGAUGCAAGCACUGCAACAUUCAUGUACCAAGGUGUGGCAGUGGGGCAAGUAUCUAUUCCCAAGAGCAAGGCUGGAAUGCGUUCCACCAAGAAGAUCAAUGUCGCAGUGAGUUUGAAUACUGAUGGAAUUCCAAGUAGUUCAACCCUUGGCAGUGAAUUGAACAGCGAGAUCCUUACUCUGACCAGCCAAGCUAAAUUGACCGGAAAGGUAGAAUUGAUGCUCAUCAUGAAGAAGAAGAAGUCUGCCAAUAUGGACUGCACCAUAGCAUUUGAUCUUUCCACAAAGAUGGUUAAAAGCUUGCAAUGCAAGUGAUAUAUCAGUUCGUCACUGACAUUUGAUCGAUUUAUUCUUUUUUGUCAGUAUCACCUCUUGGGUUUGGUGUUGAUCAAUUUAUUCUGUAUACUAUAUAUCUGAAUGGUUUUAGUACUUUUAAGCACCAGAGCACAUAUUUUUUUGUCUUUCUGUUGUUUAAUAUAGAAACAGAUGCUGGAUUUCUAUGACAGCAAGAAUACCUGCCUUACAUAAAUUCAUUCCUGUUGUAGAAGAAUUGUAAUUGUGUGUAUUAUUGAUAAUAGGAGCCCUUUAAAUAGGG